UGAAACGGUUCAGUUAACGUUCAACUUUCAGACUGCGAAAAUGUUGAUUUCUCGCGGCAAAAACUUGUUAUUCUUUUGCUUUUUGCUAAGCAUUUGCAUCGUUUACAAUGCGAAGGCUCGUCAAAUUGGAGGAUCAAAUAAGAAUUGCGCUGCCAAUGGAGAUUAUUGCCAAACCCAUUACGAAUGCUGUUCAAGAAAAUGCAUGACUUACAGCUAUAAAUGCGCUCCUAUUGUGCAUCCGAAUGAUUAUCAAUCGACCUACGACAGUAUCCCAGACGAUUGGUUUUUAAUACCUCAAUCACGACCACACGUUCAAACCGUUGUUGAAAAUAGGUUCAAUACUGGCGCAAAUGGUGAGGAGAUUGAGUUUCAAACACUGCCAGAUGAUAAAUCAAAAACUGGCACUCAUGCUGUGGAGAAAGUGGACAGUUCUUUACCGACUACUUACUUACCUCAAUUUGAUGUAGACUCGCAUAGAGCCUGUAGAAAUAUUGGCAGUGAGUGCUCAGAUAACAGGGAAUGCUGUACACAGCGUUGUCACUCCUACCUUCACAGGUGUGUCACCUAAAAUGGUAUCGCAAAAACAAUGUACUCAUAUUUUUAAUACGUGUGUGUACACUCUAUAUAUAUUACUUAUUCUGUGUGACUAAUAAAAAAAGCAAUCUUAAACAAUAAA